UGCGUUUGUUUAGCAGGAACCGAGGCAUCCUACCACAGAUGGCCUUCUUCGGUUUAACACAUCUGGGUUAUCAAAACCCAAUCGGUGACAAAAUGGUGGUAAAUCCCAGAGGAUCGUCUUCUGCUGAAGGUACUAGUAUCCAAUCCAGAGGCCUGUCUUCAGCGUUUCAGGAACACCAGGGACACCUCAGAGGCACAGACAUUUGCAGUGUUUACCAGCAGCCUCUUCCCUACAGCACUGAAAUACACCAAGGAAGCCAUGAGCGAUACAAGGAGAUGAUUAAACGGGUUCAAACACCCAGAUCCCCUGACCAGCUGUAUGUAACGCCUCUGACUGACAACCAAAAGUACGGCUGGCUGACAUCCAAGAGCCCUGAACCAUGGAGCCAGGUUCAGCGGUUUCCGCAUAAGAACAGCGAAAUGACCAAGUUUGUUGAAGAAAUGGUGAAGACAGACCAGGACUUCAGCCUGUUUUGAUCAAUGCUCUGUCUUUUUUUCUUCUUCAGUUAUGACGCAUCCACACAUGCACCAACAGAAGCGUCAUUUCUGAGCUUCAGAGAUUAAACUGACCUCAGAUCACCUUUUGGAGACCCUUCAUUUGUUGGUUUGGUCUGUGCUUUUCUUGCCAAAGCCAAUUUGGUGCAUGCAGGCAACGUGACACCUCUACUGAGUUUUCACCUGCAGUUUCUAAUUUCCACAGUGUCCUAAAAAGAUAGUAAAGUUUGUUUAUGGAGAAAGACUGUACUGCCCUCUAGAGGAAAUAAAAAAGGCUUUUUAGAGGAUUGUGGACUUUCUGAUAGUGUUGUACUAAAAUUCAUUAAAGAACAUUAGUAAUGAUAUAAACACACACUGCAGCCAUUGAUUUUUUUUUUAUUUUUUCUUCAAGGGGAAAUGUUAUUUUUCUCUUUGUCAUAGUCCUCAACUCUUCUUGUCCUUCAACUUUGCAAAACACUCCCCCUUCAACUCCUUCAACUCAGGGAAAAUACAAAUAAAACAAAACAAAUACAGAAGGAUUCAUCAGGCCUGAGCAAAACACUGUUUCAGUAGUAUGGGGACAAACCCUCUUCCUGUCUCCUGUUCCCCGAAAACAUCCCAAGAGUUAACAAUCAACACAAGUCUAUGGACAGCCAAUAGAAAUAGAAUACAUACAAUGCACAUUUUAUAAACUCUUGUCCAUUCUAUAAAUUCUUUGCUUAUAUGAAUCACUCUUCAUUGGUCACAGUUCAUGUGUUAGUUGGUGAUCUCCGUUACAUUACUGUCCUCUGAUGCUCCCACUAUGCCCAAGGCCAAAUAUCAUUGCACAGAAGGGACCAAUAGCACAAGGCUGCGUGAGCUGGCUUUGGUACAAACAUGAUCAACUGUUGGUUGCCAUUGAGUUGAGUGUGGUGGAAGAGCGAAGUCAGGGCUGAUUCUCCCAAUUACAAAGAGCAAAGUCGGAGAAACAAAGAUAAUUGUGAUGAUGAGAAUGUUAUUGAAAUUUCCUCUUGACAAGCCCUUAUCCCUUUCUCUUCAUCUAAGCAUCAGCAGUCCAGACAGUGCAAGCAGGCACAGUUCCUGUUUAGUGUCAUAUUAUGAUUUGUUAUAUAAUAACUUAAGGCAAUCAAACUCAGCAGUUAGUGCUCCCAUUUUUUGCUGAAAGACUGAGUGGGGAAAAAGUAAUAAUUAUCAUGUAUGUAGGCCUACUAAUUCUGCCCUGUUCUCCUCAUGUCAUACACCAUAGAUGGGGUUGUGUACUGUUCUUUGUACCAAUGAGAAGCUUAAUGUGUGGAAGGAAGAAACCACCUUAAAGCCUGACUGAGAUUUACAAUACUGCAGUAGUGGCAUAAAUAAAAAAGCACAGUGAAUCAUCUGUAUUUGUGUGUAUUUACUGCUAUGCUUAUGUGAGCAUACACCGCUUGGGUUCUGCUGCAAAGGCAGCUUAUGGUUAUUAUUUACUAUACAUGAUCACACCUAUUGCCAGCUGAAAUACUGUAUUUUUGUACAUCAGGAGUUAACAGCAGAAUUCAUUGGCUGCAGUUGAUCAGUUGGUACCAGUGAGCUUGAGCUUUACGACUGGCAUUUUACAGGAAAGCGUGCUGGUCUUUGAUCCUUUUCACUGGAAUGGAAUCAUCAUAAUAAGCAUAAUAAUUAAUCAGAAUCAUAAUAAUAAUAAUUAAUAAUAAUAAUAAUAAUAACAACAUUAAGAAUAUACAAAUGAUGGGUACGGAAGUGAUACAAAAUACUCUACGUUAAAACAAACAAAAAUGAAAACAAGAUACCACAGUCAGACAUGCUUCAAAGCGGUUAUGUUUGGCAAGAAAGCAGUUUUGUUGUAUCAUAAAAACCUCACAGUGAAAAUAGUUAUGCCCCUUCAGAAUUACAAAGCACAGUAUUCAGUCAAAAUCAAUAUAUAUUUCUUUCCUUCAUCUAUUUCUUCUUCAUAGAAGAAUUAGUCUGUGUGGUACCACCGCACUGAAACCCGAGGUUUUCCCCCUGAUGGUUCUGGAACAAUUUGUUGAUCUAUGUUCCUUCAUCUUCCAUUUGCACUAAAAAUACUUUUCUGAAAGGGGAAGGAGCAGUCGACAUACUGUUACGGCUGAAACCAGCUGCAUAAGGGCUGCUCAAGCUCUAAGGAACCAAUCUGACAUGAAAUGAGGAUGAAGAGGAUCCUAAUCUUAACUGGAGCCGGUACUCCUCAGAAUCUGGACAUAAAAAUAUCUUUUAAGGUAUCACCUUUUACUUACAUCCUUAGUCAUCUUUGCCUAGAGGCUGAGGGCAAUCUGUUAAUUUAGGUAAUGUGAUCAGCUCUGUGUUGCCUGACUAACAGACAAAAGUAAUUAAUAAAUUGUACAUAUUUUAUGAAAACAAUGAAGCGGCCUUUACUGGCAGCUUUUGGGCAAAAACAAACAAAGGGCACAGGCCUGCUGCCUAAAAAAACAGGUUGUGAUCAUUGCUGACUUGAACGAGAACAUAUCAAGCAUGUCUUGCCUUGCUUUUAGUAAAUACUUUAGUCUUUGGUCAAUAUAUUCCUCCUCAGUUUAUACAUAUAUUCAUACACACACAAAUAUGCAUGUACAUACACACUUAGAAACGUGUAAUAAACUGGAUAUUUGUGCAUGUAUGUAUUCACACUUUUUCAUAAAGGACCUUUUGCACAAAACAUCAAGAUCAAAAUAAAUAAUUAAUCUGGAAAUAAAAUAUGAGUACCUGUUCAUAAUUCAUGUGAAAUAAAAAUUACCAG